AAAUUAUUAUUGACUUUUCGUAUGUAAAAGUAGUCUACUUCUAGAAGAUUAUUUAAUACAAAUUUGUUUGUUUAAACAAAAACAUUUUGUUAUUAAAAAAAUCAACAUAAAUUAUAUACAUAUACUUUAAUUUCUUAUAAUCAUGAUUUAAGUUUGUUUACAAGUUUUUCUACACGAUUACAUAAUAUUCUUCUUAUAAGUUAUAAGACAACCAUCAUAUGUCAUUUAAACACCGUAAGAUAUUUUUAUUUAUCCUACAAGAUCUAAAGUUGUAGUAAAAAAGAAGAAUAACUAAUGAAACAUAACCCUUCAAUACCAGCUGUCUUAUUAUUAGUUAGAAAUAGGCUUUAAUGUCGUAUUAAUAUUUGUUUAUUUGAACUUUUAUACUGUUCAUAAUGGAAUUGGAAGAAGUAGUUUUAGUUAUAGAAAAUACUGAGGUUAAGUGUAGAAAACGAGACUUGAUUGAAAAUAGUGAUUACUUCUUAGCAAUGUUAGAAGGUGAUUUUAUAGAAAAAACCAAGAGGAGAAUCAAAAUUGAAGAAAUCGACUUGCAAACUAUGAAUUUAAUUUUAACGCUAAUACAUGAUAAUAAAUAUGAUAUUGAAGAAGAGGAGGUUUUAAUGUUGUUGUACGCCGCGUGUGUGCUACAAUUUUGCGAAAUAAAAAAAAAGUGUUUGGAAAAAAUAGAAGAAAUUUUCUGUCCAGAAUAUAGUUUAAAAAUAUGGAUAAUGACCGAACUUUUAGAUUUGAAACCAAUGUGGCAAAAAGCUUAUUACACAUCUUUAAUGCAGUUCGCGAAAAUAAAAGACAGUGACAGUAUAUUACAACUCAAUUUAUUACAGUUGAAAAUGUAUUUAAGUGACACGAAAUUAAAAACCGAUAAUGAAUUUAGCGUUUUUGAAACUGUAAUGAAAUGGUGGUACCAAAAUAAUAACCAAUACAAGCAAUCGGAUUUAUUGAAGUUACUCAGUUGUGUGGAUUUCAGAACUUUAUCUGAACACCAUUUUCAUGAAAUUAUCACUUCUCCCGAAAUCUUAAAAACUGAAAUCUGUGAUAUAAUAAAGUGUUGUUACAAUAUUGUAUAUAAAAGACAAAUUGGAAAUUUCAAAGAAAAUUGCAUAAAAACUGCAGUUCUGUUAACUGAAACUAAUAGUAGGGAAGAAAAUAGUUUUCCUUGUUUACUAGUGAAUUUAAAAAAUUAUCCCAUCGAAAAGGGGCCCCAAAAUGAUAGUGAACAAGUUAUUUAUUAUGAUCAAUUUCGAAGAAAACGAGUAUAUGAAAAAUUAAAUACAACUCAAUAUAAUAGUACGUCUCACAUUUUAUAUUAUGAUCAUACAUCGGAUAGUUUUAAUAAGCUAGUCACUAUUACUGAAAAAUUGGUAGGUUUUCAGAUAAUAAGUUAUAGGGAAUGUAUAUUUACGUUCGGAGGAGAAUAUAUACUCGGUAAAGGUGAUUGGAAUAAGAAUUUUUGGUGUUAUAAUUCACUAAAAGACAAAUGGCAUCGAAAGGAAAGGUGUAUAACUAGAAGGCAUUUUCAGACGUGUAUAGUAGGAUCUAAAUUGUACAUCGUAGGUGGAACAGGUAUGUUUAGAAAAUGUUUGGAAAACGUGUUAUAUUACGAUUUUCUUACGAAUUGGCGUAGCGGCGUAAUAGAUUUUCCGGUGUUUAUUAGGCAAAUGAAAUGUUGCGAUUUCAUGGGAAACUUUUUUUUAUUCAACAUUAAUGAAGUUUGUGGUUAUUAUUUAAACGAUUCUGGUGGUUGGACUCGUGUUCCGAUUAGAAUAGAAAAUAAUUUAUUAGAUCUUCAGUUUGAUUAUUCGAUAUUUUCGUACAAGAAUCGAUUAUAUAUAAAAGGGAAAAAACUAGUGGAAUUUGCAUUUGUUCAUAACGAAUUUUUAAUAUCAUCCAUAAAAAGUAUUCCGAAUAUAAAUUAUGAUAAUAUGGUGUGUACAGUGUGUACCAAUAAUGUUUACACGUUAUACAAACAACACAUUGAUGAUAAAUUCACUUUUGAAAAAUAUAAUUUAGAAACCAGUGAAAUUACUUAUAUUUUUAAAGAUUUUUCGAAUGAUGUGAUCAAAAUUGAUGAAGAUGAAUACACUAUUGAUUCCUCUUUAAUAUUAUUCUCUUUCUGUCAUUAUAAGUUGGUUGAAUUUCGUAAAUUCGUCAACGAAAAUUUUUGAUAUAUCAUAAAUAAAUUACUAUAAUUUUUUUAUCCUUUUACUUAUUAAACUCUCCUUUGUUUUUUUUUCUCGAAAACCAACAUGAUUUUAGGUAUAUUUUAAUAGAAAAUCAGUUCUAACAAACACGUAGAAAUUGACGAAAAAAUUUCAAUAAAAAACCGGAAAAGUCAAUUUUUUUGUUACUUUAAACUGAUUUUCUAUCAAAACAAUUCAUUACGAAAAAAAUAAAUUAUUAUAUAUGAUUAA